UUUUUGGGUCAUAUGAUUGGUUAGAUACUGAAAAUGGCCGCCGACUUGACGUUCGGGUCGGUGCCACCCUUCUACAGGGAGAUCUACGACAUAGUAUGCCCAAAUCAAGAGCAAGUGGAUCGCGAUAUGUUUAUCAACUUACUCGUGAAGUCCAGCCUCCCCAAACAAACCCUGAUGCAGAUCUGGGAUCUAGUAGACAACAAGCAAGGUUACCUGAGUAGGACAGGACUGUACAAGGCUCUAGCACUGACUGCUAUGGCACAGCAGGGAAAAGCCAUCAGUGAAAAACUGUUAGAAACUUACUCAGAUCAAGAAUUACCAAAGCCCCAGCUAGGAGACUUGACAGAUUUGAAAGCCAUAGGCAUGAGAGUUAGGAGAGAAAAGAACCCCAAUGUGCUGGGUUAUAAUUAUAAAGAACUUUGCCUCUUAGAUACUAUAAAAGUUGAACGAGUCCCAGAGAAGAAAGGCAUCAUCAUGAAACAUGUGGAAUAUGAAGUGACUAGUCAGAAAUUCAAGGUUACUGUACUAAGAAGAUACAAUGACUUCUUGGCCUUGCAUGAGCUGCUUUUAUUGAGGUUUCCUUAUAGAAUGAUUCCACGUCUGCCACCGAAGAAAAUGAUGGGAGCAAGUAGAGAAUUCAUAGAACACAGACGAAAAUGUCUGCGUCGUUACCUGAACCUAGUCGCCAGGCACCCAGUAAUGGGAGAUGACAAAUUAAUGAGGUUCUUCCUGACUUACAAUGGCUCAGAGAUGCAACACAAAAUAAAAGAACACUUUAAAGGAAUUCCAGAUGAAUUUAUGACAAGUGAACUGGCUUCAAAAGCAAAGGAUAUAGUGCCAAUGGACACACAGAUGCAAUUAGCCCACAGUAAACAGCAUAUCUAUCUACUGUACUCAAGUGUGAACAAGUUGAUAGAUGUCACAGAGAGAAUGGUGCUACGCUCCACGCAGGAGGCAGGGGACAUGCUGCAUUUUGGGAAGGAAUUGAGUGCUCUGAGUAGUGACGACACCCCCGUGUCCCCCUGGGCGACAGGAACCAAUGACACAUGGUCCCACCUGAAGAAGGGGUUCAAACACCUGUCUGUAGAGUUUGCCACCCUUGCAGACAAAGCCACUUCACAGGCGUCAGUCAUCCAGGAUAGUGUAGUGGGGCAGUUAUACAUGUACUUCGACUUACUUAGUGCAUUUAAGGACCUGUGUGAACGGCAUGAGAAAGGAGUUCUACAGGACCACCAGAGGGCGAUACAGAAGAUGGGCCAGUACAAGAAGAAGAAGAUGACGGCCACGGUGCAAGGCUCAGAGUCAGAAGCAGUAGAACAGUUAGAAGCCAGGAUAUUAGAGCAAGAGAGUCAAAUCAGCAAUAUGGAAAACCGCAAUUACUUCUCCCUCCAUUGUCUCCAGAUGGAGGUCCAGUUAAUCCAUGCCAACAUGGAGACUUUGUUUAUAGUCAUAGAAGCCAUGAUUAACAAUGAGGCUAAAGGGUGCUCAGAGAUUGCUGCAGUAUGGGAACAAAUUAAACCAAUAGUGAACAAUAUAUUUCCUAAAGAACAUAAUGUAAAUGGGGGUGUGCCCACGUCACCCAUCGGUUCACCGAACUCUGGCAGAGCAGGAAUAACAGUACAGUAGUGAUUGACAGAUCUAAGGAGGGCAGGUUGGAACUCCCACCCACCGUAGUACAAAUCCUAGUACUAAUUGUGCUGACUCAUCACCAUGGCAGAGGUGUGAAAGACUUCUUGGAAGGUUAAACUGUCACCAGUUGGAUUCAAACUUCAGCUCUUUUAAAAUAUGUGGUUUAAUUUUUUUAUUGGACUUUUUUCAUGCAUGUGCAAGUCACCAUCCUGCAGUUAUAGUUGCCUGAUAUCCUUGUAAGCUAAAUACGUCUUGAAAGAAAAUCCAUUGUAUAAGUAUUCCUUGCUUACAAGUCAGAUGCCCUAGACUGUGGAUACAAGAGACUCCUGAACAGAUGUUGCAUUAUGGCAAACCAUAAAACAGUUUUAUUGAGAUUUGCCUAGAAAUGAUCUGUAAAAAUUAAAUGGCAGGAUAUACCUUUGCUCCUGUUUCAUACAAAUUUAUCCUAGAGAUAAGAUGGCAAACUCUUCAGCAUAAGAUAAUUCAAAACUCUAGUCUUAGAAUCAGUUAAGUAUACAAAACAGUUUUGUGUCAUUUAUUUUGAUGGAUAGACACUGUGUGUCUUGUUUGUAUAUUGACUGAUUCAUUAGGAAUAUUACAGUCAAUAAUACUGAGAUAAGACAUUAAAUACACCUUGUUUUAACAUCUGUGGCAGAAUAUAAAAUAUUAUUCUUGAUGUGCAUGCAAUGACGGUCCACCAUAGAGGUUACUACAGGGCACCUGCCAGGCCUCUUCUGAUUAUAUA